AUGGCUGAUAGCGUGGUGACACAAGCCUUCUCUCUUGUGGGAUGGGCAUUCCUCCCUGCUUACGCUACAGCAUUUUUGCAGUCGAUAUACUAUCGUCUGACCAUUCGCGCUGGACAACCACACCCGCGGCCCGGUGAACCCAUAUUUGCCUACCAUAACCGCCGCUUACGCGUCUUGGUUUUGUCGCUCUACCUCAUAUACACCCUCUCCCAAGCCCUCUAUGACAUUAGACUCUCUGGAGACUUCUAUACCCUGCUUGGAGUCACGCCAUGGUCGACAGAAAGGGAUGUCAAGAGUCGUUUCAGGAAGCUGGCAGCGAAAUAUCACCCGGACAAGUUGCAUGAGAAUGGUCAGCCUUUCCCAGGGGCCGAUGGACUGUUCGUCCGAUUCAAACUGGCGCACGACACUAUUUUGGAUCCUGCAAAACGAUUCGCGUACGAUCGGUUCGGACCCGUCAUCGUUCAAGUCCAGCAUCCUGGGCUCAAAACGAUCCGAGACUAUGUCUAUGCUGGCCUUCGCUCAAAGGCUCCUGAAUAUUUGUCCAAUGCCGGGCUGCUCAUUUUGCUCAACUACAUAUGGCUGCCGAAAUGGGGACAAUUCUGGCGCUAUUUUGCGGUUGCCUGUAUGGCGUUUCUGGAGCUGUACUUCCUUACACACAUCUGGCAACCUCCGAGACUUGUGGCACUAUGGGUGUCGACGGCUCAGAGGCUCUUACCAGAUCUCCUUCCACCACAUCUUCUUCCGUUCCAAAUUCUAGGCCUUGCGAGACGGAUGUCCAUGUCUGUCAAUAUUUUCAUCUCCCAACUCGCUCCUCCCAAGGCCCGGGAUCCGGCUAUGAGAGACCUGCAGACGCAGCAGCAGAUCGCACACUUGGCUCAGGCGGCGGGUAGAUUGGAUGCAGAGUCCGGAGGAUUGCUUCAAUUGGGAUUGAGUCCGUUUAAGGGAGAUGCAGAGAAGUCAGACCAUCUGAGGUCAGGCAUGAAGGAGUCGUUGGUCACAAACGCCUUGAAACGAAACCCCGAGGUGAGGGCAGCCGUGCAGCGGGCUCUUGACAGGAGGAGACGAGGACCAAUGAUGCAGGAACCUGACUGA